AUGUCAUCAAAUUCACCGAAAAAUUCACAACAACUACUAAUUUAUCAAUUAUAUUUAUAUUUAAAAAAUAAUGGACAUGAAGAAUCAGCUCAAACUUUAUUAAAUGAGACCAAAAUUCAAUUACCAUCAUCAAUAAGUAAUAAAAAACCCAAAAAUUCAUUUUCAAAUACAGGUUCUACUUCAAAUAAUCAAGAUGAAGAAUUUUUACAAGAAUGGUGGUCAGUUUUAUGGAGUAUGCAAAGUUCUAUAAAUCCAAAUUUAAAUCAAACUUUGAAUAAUAAUUUAUUAUCACCACAACAACAAAUAAUUUUACAACAAAGAAUGAUUCAAAGACAACAACAACAACAAGCUCAGCAACAACAACAAUUUCAACAACAAGCUCAGCAACAACAACAAUUACAACAAAUGAAUUUACAAAUGAAUCAACAAAUAAAUCAACAAAUGAAUCAACAAAUAAAUCAACAAAUGAAUCAGCCUAUAAAUCAGCAAAUGAACCAACCUGUUAAUCAACCUGUUAAUCCAACAAUCAACUUGCAACAACCUCCUCAACCAAGACAACAACAACAACCACCACCACAACAACAGAUACCUCCAUCAAAUCAACAACAACUUCAACAACAGAAACAGAGACAAGCGCAACGUCCUUCACAACCACCACAAGGACCUCAACAAGUUUCUCAACCACAACAAUCUAUAUCCCAACAACAAUCACCUCCUACUCAACAACCAACGCCUAAAGUUCAACCUGGUAAAGCUCAACAUCAAAGACAAAGAUCACAAGCAAGUACACAAGGUGGUCGUAAAAAUUCAAAAUCUCAAAUACAAAAAACUAGUGGUAAACAAAAUGAAUCCAUAACUCCUUUACAACAACAAGGAACUCCAGUUCAAAUACCUGCUAAAACACCAACUAAUAAGAGUAAUUUAUCAACACCUCAGCAACAGCAGCAACAACAAAACCAGGCCAACAUCAAUCAAAUGCAACAACAAGCUAGAUUACAACAAUUGAAAUUACAAUUUCAGCAACAAGCUAUGUUGCAACAACAACAACAAUUACAAAACCAACAAAAUCUUCAAAACCCGCAACAACCACAACAAAAGCAACAAAGAACUAUAAAUCAACAAGCACCUGGUUUUAUGCCUGGUCAACAGAAUCAGACACAAAAUCAAAAUGCAGUACAAGCUCCUCCUAAUAUGAUGAAUCAACAGGGCCAAGGACAACAAAUUCCGCCUCAACAGCAACAAGCGUUACAGCAACAAGCACUACUACAACAACAACAAGCUCAAUCAAAGUCUAACUCAGCUAACCUACCUCAACAACAAACCGCAAGAAAUGGUGCAAUUCCUCAUAGAAAUAGUCAAAAUUUAAGUCCAAAACUGAAUAACAGCGCUGCACCUCCAUCUAAUAAUCGACCGAAUCAAAAUCAACAAACCAAUAAUGUUCAACCAAAUAAUAAGAGAAAUAUUCAAUCUUUAGAUGCGUAUCAAAUGACAUUAUUGCAAAUGGAAAAUCAAAAUAAUAUACAAAGACAAAGGUAUUUACAACAACAACAACAACAGCAACAGCAACAACAACAAACACAACAACAACAACAACCCAUACAAAAUAAUACGUCACAACAGCAGCAACAACCCCCCAUUCAACAAAAAAAUCCAAUUCAAUCACAACAACCUCAACAACAAAUAUCUGGUGAUAAUAGUGCUCAAUUAGAAGCUUUAUUUUCAUCAUUACCAGUACAACAAGUUCCACUACCUCCACAACAAGAACAACAGCAAGAACAACAAAAUAAUCAAAAAUCAUUACAAGAUCAAUUUAAAUUUCCAACAAAUGAUAAUAAUGUAAUUGAUGAUUCAUUUUUUUCAACACAAUUAUUACUUGAUGAUUUUCAAAAUUUACCUACAUCUACAACAAAUCAAGAUCAAAAUAAUAAUACUGGUAAUAAUGCAAGUAAUGGAGUCAUGUUAAAUGGUGAUGAUGUUAAAUUUGAUGCAAUUUCAGAAAGUUUAGCUGGAACUGAUUGGUUUAAUGCAAUGGGAUCAGGUCCAGGAUUUGAUUAA